UAUAUAUAUAUGCGUAUGCAUGUUGUAUAUGUAAACGAAGUACCUUGAAACUUACCAAAUAAUAAGCUCGGGGUUCGAUCGAUUUCUCUUGGACGAACGAUCUCUCCUAGCAUAUACGUUAAAGCACAUUCCUAAGUACAACAUUCGUACUCGCGUGCAUAAGAAGCCAAAAGAGAGAGAAAAAGAGGAGGGAGAGGGGUAUUCGUGGCCGUCGGCCAAAUAACCAGUCCACUUCGAUCGAAAGCACCAAGAGAAAGGGAAAAAGAUAAACGAAGAAGAAAGAUCCUUUAUCUCGUUAUCGUUACUAGACGAUACACACACCAGGCGUGUCGAGUUUUCUUAGAAUCUUUUGCAGCUUAAGCAAAAUUCAACAAGUAGUGUACGAAAGACGUUUGAAUUCUUUCCUUCCUCUUCCCGUUUUCAAUCGUCUCUUUUGACUAUAUCAAAAUAAUAAUAAUAAAGAAGAAGAAGAAGAAGAAGAAGAAGAAGAAGAAGAAGAAGAGAGAUAGAAAAUAUCUGAGUCACUCGUGAAUCAUCGUUAACUGGAGAUUUUGUUCACUUUUAUGUAAUUUUCCCGAAAGAGUAAGAAAGCGUUGUUUACCUUGUGUUGAGUUUAGAGAUCGUUCGAUGAAAGACGCGCUACUUGUAUCUGUCGCUGCUUACGUAAGAAAGAACGUUCCACCGCGAUAACUUUGCCAGAGAGCCUCGUCAUACGAUUUCCUUUUUUUUCUUCAUGAGAGAAAGAAAGAAAAAGAGAAGCUAGCUGGACGAGUUUCCAGAACGCUCUGUGCAUAUUUAUUUAGUAUUCGCUAGCGUGUUUUUUACAUAGUGUGCUGCGCUCUAUUGUGUCUUACAUGUGAGACCGCGCGUGUGUGUGUUAAAUGUGUGUAUAUUAUGCUCUUCUGAAUGAUCCAAUAAGAAGACAAAGUGCGGAUUAAUUGGUAUCGAAUAAUUGGUGGUCGAUCCGUGAAAAUAAGACAACUUUGAAUAAAAAUAAACAUCAUUUGGAAAGAGAUAUAUUAUUGUAAUCGUUUGAAUGACUUUUCUAUUUUGCGGAUUCGUCUUCGACUCGUCCGACGAGAAGACGAAACAAAUGCCUGUCGCCUCGGAGGAUUGGGUGGGCCACCCUCCGAAAAUUCCAAACCCAAUUCCAAGCUCGUUCGUAACAAUUAAGGGUGGCAGCAUUGAAAGCUACGCAAGUGCCAGCAACACAACAACCAUCGCAAACACAACUACCGCAAACACAACCACCGCCACCGCAUGGAUGUCGCCCUAUAGUAGAACGCCUGAUCGAUCUUCUCCUAAUAACAACAAUAAUAACAACAACAAUCAUAAUAACAAUAACAACAAUCAUAAUAAUAAUAACAACAACAAUCACAAUAAUAAUAAUAACAACAAUAGCAGCAGCGGCGUUGUUAUAUUGGAAGGAUGCAGACCACCUGCGGCUACCACUGCGAGAAGAUUCCUCAGGUGGUUCAGUAGACUCGGUCAACCACCGAUGGGAAAGUCAGGGGUUUUGGAGAUGGCUGCCACGGAGAGUACUAUUCGAUUUAGCGGGCACACGUUGGACAAAGCUACCAAGGCCAAGGUAACGUUGGAGAAUUAUUACAGCAACUUAAUAGCCCAACACAUAGAAAGAAAACAGAGGCUAGCAAAGUUGGAGGAAUCUUUGAAGGAUGAGGGUCUCUCGGAACAGCAAAAGCAGGAGAAGAGAUUGCAACAUGCCCAGAAGGAAACGGAAUUCUUGCGGUUGAAGAGGUCCAGGCUUGGCGUCGAAGAUUUCGAACCACUCAAGGUCAUCGGAAGAGGGGCCUUCGGCGAGGUGAGACUCGUUCAAAAGAAAGAUACUGGUCACGUUUACGCGAUGAAAAUACUAAGGAAAGCAGACAUGCUCGAAAAGGAGCAAGUGGCUCACGUAAGAGCUGAAAGGGAUGUCCUUGUCGAAGCUGAUCAUCAGUGGGUCGUCAAGAUGUAUUACAGUUUUCAGGAUCCCAUUAAUCUUUAUCUAAUAAUGGAGUUUUUACCGGGCGGCGACAUGAUGACGCUUCUCAUGAAGAAGGACACGCUAUCCGAGGAGUGCACGCAAUUUUAUAUUUCCGAAACGGCGUUAGCGAUCGAUUCCAUACACAAAUUAGGUUUUAUUCAUAGAGAUAUUAAGCCAGACAACCUAUUGUUGGAUGCACGGGGCCACAUAAAGCUGUCUGAUUUCGGGCUGUGCACGGGAUUGAAGAAAUCUCACAGGACUGAUUUUUACCGUGACCUAAGUCAGGCUAAACCUUCCGAUUUCAUGACGUCGUGCGGAAGUGGAAGCGGAGGGGCGAUGGACAGUAAAAGAAGGGCUGAAAGUUGGAAAAGAAAUAGAAGAGCUCUCGCUUAUAGCACAGUCGGAACACCCGAUUACAUAGCACCCGAAGUAUUUCUACAAACUGGUUACGGUCCAGCUUGCGAUUGCUGGUCUCUAGGAGUAAUCAUGUAUGAAAUGCUCAUAGGAUACCCACCGUUUUGUAGCGAGAAUCCACAAGAAACGUACAGGAAGGUGAUGAAUUGGCGAGAGACCUUGGUUUUUCCACCCGAAGUGCCCAUCAGCGAAGAAGCUAAGGACACCAUUAUCAGAUUUUGUUGCGAAGCUGAUAGAAGACUAGGAUCUCAAAGAGGUAUCGAAGAACUCAAGUUAGCUCCUUUCUUCCGUGGCGUCGAUUGGGAACACAUAAGAGAGAGACCAGCAGCGAUUCCGGUCGAAGUACGAUCCAUCGAUGACACAUCCAAUUUCGACGAGUUCCCAGACGUUAAGUUAGAGAUACCAUCAGCACCAAUGCCACAGGACGGUGAGGUGAUUUACAAGGAUUGGGUGUUCAUAAACUACACGUUCAAGCGUUUCGAGGGUUUGACGCAACGAGGAACGCCAACGAAAAAAUAGCAACCCCCGAUACCUUGCUCGAACAUCAGAGAUCACCAGACCGAUGCAAUGGGAGGAACAGGGGUAGGGGGAGUUCCGGCCUUGGUACAUCAUCCUCAUCAUCAUCCACCGUUGUCCUCGACAACGUCGCGAACUACGGCAACGACUACAACAGCAACAAUGGACGGCUAAAGACAAUUUAUUGAUCUAUCGUCUUUAAGACGUUCUCUCUCUUCUUCUCAUAUAAUAAAACACCAGUGCAUAUGUUGCACAAUAUGUUGCAUUAAUUUCACGAUGGCAAGACACUUGAAGAGAGAACUAUUUUAUUUACUAAAUUCUCUCGGAAAGAAAUGAAUAACGACGAGGAACAAAUGAUGCCGGUGACGACGACAACGACGACCACCACGACGACGACGACGACGACGACGACAAUGACGACGACGACGACAAUGACGACAACUUGACGCGUCGAUCACGAGAGAAACCCGGAGAAAUUAAUGGGAGAAGAGGAUGACGACGAAAGAAAAGAAAAUUAAGAAGUAGUUUUAAAUAGCAAAAAGUAAAACUAAAACUAAAGUAAAAGACGUUUUGUUUCGUCACGUUAGGACUGACUUAUUGGACUUUUUUUUUCUUUGUAGUAUGAUAAGCUCUCUCUCUCUCUCUCUCUCUCUCUCUCUCUCUCUCUCUCUCUCUCUCUCACACACACACACACUCUCAACUUGUUGUAUGACAAAAAUUACAUCGAAGAAGAGAGAGCAGAGGGAGUGGAAGCUUCGGAUUUCAGAAAGAGAUCCUCGUAUAUACGUCGGAAAAACUAAUUACAUUUAAGAAUUUAGAAUA